AUGGCAGUCACAAGUUGGGCGCCCUAUGCUGUGCACUUCCGUGAGGCGGGCGCGCGGCUAGAGUUCUCGCUACUUCGGGGUCGUGGCCCAGCUCGGGGAUGGGUCUCGCUGCGGGUGAAGGGGCGAUCGCUGCUGGAAGCUGUCACGAUCCCCGAGGAGCCGGAGACGCAAGUUCCGCAGGUGGCCUUGGAGGACCCGGACCUUGGCGUCGCAAACGGAUGGGCAAAUUGGCACGGCUUUCGUCGUGCCUUGGACAUCCAUGCAACAACAUGUGUUGCCAAUUUCCGGGAUGUGGCAGACUCGAGCCAACCCAUCCUUUGUCGCAACGGCCGGACGCUGCGCAGGGGAAGGCUGUUCAGGUCUGGGCACAUGGCCGCCGCGACAGCCGAGGACCUGGUUGUGCUGCGUGAGCUGCAGCUCCGAACCUACGUGGAUCUGCGUGAGGGCAUGGAUUUCGAGGGAGCGGAUGCACCUGUCUACGUGGAGCUCUUUCCGCCCAGCCCCAAGCAGACCCGAAACAUGCCACAAGGAUCCCAAGGAGAAAGCAAAUUGGAAUCGGCGCGGCUAACGGGAAGCAAGGAUUCCGAGGAGCGCUCCACACGCCGGGUGUCUUGCCCCUUGACAAAGGACUUGCGCUUGCGGCCCUGGACUGCAGCGGAGAAGGAAGGGCUUGAAGUUCGCAUACUUGCAAAGGAUACGAUGCGCUGCAUGCGGUCAGGCUUGGAAUUCAUGGUGGUUCCAGCGGCUGACUCGAUACUUGGCCUUUUCUCAUGCCGGAUGCUGGCAAAGGGGGGCUUGAACGUGGCAAGCCACCUGGCAGCUGUCAACCGGGCGGUGCUCUUCGUGAAUGCCGAGGAGCUUCGCAAGGCACUCCUUGUCCUCACCGAGGACAGCCAUGGAAGGCAGUAG